AUGCAAACUAAACUCUUUAAUCGAAUGAAUCAACAAGCUACCUUCGUCAAUUGGCCAAUCCUUUUGGUUGAAACAUUGCAAUGCAAGCAGCAGCAAAUAUGGAAAAGUCAUGGAAACAAAAAGUGUUUUGGUUUAUGGCAUUUUCGCGAUAAAAAGGCAGCGAAACUCAUGAGAGUUCAUGCAUUUAGAUACUUAAACGUCACGCAGCAGUUUUGUUUAUUUCUUUCAUUUAUGAUGAAAGCUAUUUAA